UCACCUCUCUUCAUCACAACUCCAACCAGCUCACCGAUACCAAAAAUGUUUACAACUCUCCGAUACGUCAAGGACACGGCUCUUGUUCCCGAACGAGAAGGGCAUGUACUUGCUCAUCUAGCGUGCAAAGCGUGCCGUUCCAGAAAGUUGAAAUGCACCGGAGAAAGCAACGGCUGCCGUAGGUGUCUGUCUAAGGAUGUCACGUGUACCUACCCUGACCCUUCCCAAAGGACCCGGUCUAGGGACAUUCAGAAAAGAGCCAAGACAAAACUGGCUUCUCAGGUCCCGCUACCCCCGGCUUCUGUAAAUACCAAAGAUCAAGUCUCAGACCGAACUAUUGCCGGUCACGAACUCACUCCGGCCCCUCCAAGUCCUUGGGCCGGAGCUGCAUUCAAACGCGGGAAUGAUGGGUCCUUCCUUGAUGCCUUUCUCGGAGAUGGGUCCAUGAGUGAGGAGCUUAGUUUCCUGAGUGAAGAUAUGCAGGUUGAGGGGGCGGGAUUCUUUCCUUUGGAUCAUUACUCUUGCUUGGAUGACUUUCUUGAGACGGGGUGGAGCACUUCAGCUUCUUCUGGCCUCGUCGACAACUCCCCUUUUCUGAGUUCACCAUUUUCAACUUAUGGACCCCAACUCGCUUCCAGCACGGCAGAAAGGAGAAAAUCUCCAGAACCACGCAUUUUGAUGCCCACCACACCCAACACGCCACCUAACCUCUUACCCACCAGCUCCUCUUCCCUCUCGCCUUCGCCCUCUCCCAAUCAAACACCGCCACCAUGCAACUGCCUCCCCACCGCCCUGCAAAUGCUCUCCGCAAUAACCAUCAACGAAUCCAGCAUUCGCAACAUCCCGCGCACAAUCCGCCUCAACAAAUACAUCCUCCAACAAAGCAAGACACUCUUCUCCUGCACCUCGUGCUCCGACACCACUGCGGCGUCAACAAUGACGAUCCUCACCGUGCUCUGCCAAAAGGUGAUGUCGUCGUACGAGCACGUCGUCUCCUUGCUCGCAAGACAGUAUUAUGCGCUGCAUCACUUGUCAAUGGACAACGUCCCUACCUAUCUUCGAAUCUUUGACGAUGUUGAAGUUGAGGAAGGACGGAGCGAGCAGCAAUUCCAGCUGAGCGAGUACGAAGUUGAGAAAUUCGAGGAGCCGUGUUUGUUCUCCGGGCUCGUGGCGCUGCAGCUUGGUAUUCUUAGAGCGUUUCUACUGAGGUUGAAAGAGGCGCCUGAGAGAUUGGCAGGUGAGUAUUUCACGCUUUUGGAUUCGGUGGACAAAAGAGUUAUGAAGCUGGGACGGUUUUGUAGCGCCAGUUGUGAAGUGUAGUUUCUUGUUGAAGUUUAACUUGAAUUAUAUAAAUGAUAUAGUACAUGAGAAAUGAAUUACAUUACAGCCAGCAAAGAGCAGCCUGUCUCCUAAGCCAAGUCAUUACCCCGUUCUAAUUGACAACACUUCUUAUGUUUAUAGUAAGAUCAGCAGUCC